AUGGGGCUGCAGAAGUCAUUUAAGCUGCCGAAACGGAAAAGGUCUAGGAGGACGAUCAUUACAUACAACGCACGUGCGCUGGCAUCGGAAGCGGCCAUUGAGGGUAUGAUUAUGCAGGCCAGAAAGAUUAUGUACGACGUCAAGGAACUGACUAAGACGAGACGGAGCCACCAAGUAAACGCCGUACAUGGAACUGGAGGAGAACCGUUUUUAAGAAUAUGCUACAGUAGAGGAGUUGAUGUCCUUGUUGACACAAGUAUAGAACUCUCUCGAACAACACGACCCGAAUUAGUCGUCGUGACUCAUCUUCUUCGCUCACAUCCAAAAUCAAUCUACAAGGAUUUGAAGCUUUCUAUAUGGGCAUAG